AUGGCGCAAUCCAAGUCGACCAGAAAGUUCGAAAAGAACCACCUGAAGGAUACCCUCAAGCGCCGCAAGGAGGGCAAGAAAAUCAAGCAGCGCGUCCAGAUCAAGGAAAAGCGCAAGGCGCGACGUGCCGAGGACAAUGAGGUUGCCAGCGAUGUCGAGGCCGAGAACCAGGCCAAGCGUGCAAAGAAGGCUGAGGAUACCAAUCCCUUUGGCGACAUGACCGUCGACGACUUCUUCCAGGGCGGCUUUGACAUCCCCGAGCACCCCAAGUCGAAGAAGCAAAAGACCAAGGACGUACCCUCCAAGACCGGCAAGCGCAAGCGUACCGAUCCCGCCCCUGGACCCGCCGAAUCCGAUGACGAUUCCCUUGACGCCGACCCUGUUGCCGACGACAGUGCUUCCGAGGCCGAUUCUGGUGACGAUGUCGACGCACACAAGCAACAUCUGGAGGAGCUCAAGAAGAAGGACCCGGAGUUCUACAAGUACAUGCAGGAGAACGACCCCGAGCUGCUGGGCUUUGCUGAAGACGCCGAUCUGGCCGAGAUUGACGAACUGAGCGCCAGCGAAGCGGAAGACACGCCCAAGAAAAAGAAGAAGAAGAGCAAGAAGCAGGAAGAUUCUGACGACGAGGAAGCUGCCGCCAGCAAUGAGCUCACAAAGACACUGGUCAAGAAGUGGAGCACCGCAAUGACUGAGAAGCAUUCCCUGCGUGCCACCAAGGAAGUUGUUCUGGCUUUCCGUGCCGCAGCCCACUUGAACGAGGAGGACGGCAAGGAAUACAAAUAUUCCAUCUCGAAUCCUGACGUCUACCAUGAACUUCUUUUGCUCGCUCUGAACCGCGUUCCGGAGGUCCUCCAACACCACCUUCCCGUCAAAGAGUCGGCCACCGGCAAAGUCCGCGUUCCCACCGAGGGCAAGAAAUUCAGCAACAUGACUCCUAUGCUCAAAUCCCAUGCGACAUCCGUCAUGCAUCUCCUUGGCAGCCUCUCCGACGCCGCCACCCUCCGAAUGACGGUCAGCUCCCUUCUUCCCCUUCUGCCAUAUAUCUUGUCCUUCAAGAAGCUCCUCCGCGACCUGGCCAAGACCAUCGUUUCGAUAUGGGCCGACUCGUCCAACACCGAGGCUACGAGAAUCGCUUCUUUCCUCGUUCUGCGCAGAUUGAUCGUCAUUGGAGACGCUGGCAUCAAGGAGGCAACCCUCAAGGCUGUGUACCAGGGGUUCGUUCAGGGCAGCCGCAAUACGACGGUGCACACGAUUGCAGGCGUGAAUUUGAUGAAGAACUCUGCUGCAGAGCUCUGGGGCCUGGACCCUAACAUGGGCUACACGACCGGAUUCACCUUCAUUCGCCAGCUCGCCAUCCACCUCCGGACCAGUAUCACGAACAAGUCAAAGGAAUCGUACAAGACUGUGUACAACUGGCAAUAUGUGCACUCACUCGAUUUCUGGUCGCGUGUCGUGUCCAGCCACUGCGAUACCAUGCGCGAGGCCGAGUCUGGCAAGGAGUCGCCUCUCCGCCCCCUCAUCUAUCCCAUCGUGCAAGUCACGCUUGGCGCCAUGCGCCUUAUCCCUACGGCGCAGUACUUCCCGCUGCGGUUCCAGAUGAUCCGUUCUCUCCUCCGCAUCACGCUUUCCACAUCGACAUACAUUCCGCUUGCGCCAGCGCUGUACGAGGUGCUCAACUCGGCCGAGAUGCGCAAGCCGCCCAAGCCGGCGACUCUGAAGCCUCUCGACUUCGCCACCAACAUCCGCGCCGCCAAGUCGUACCUGCGCACGCGUGUGUACCAGGACGGCGUGGGCGAGCAGGUGGCGGAGCUGCUCGCCGAGUUCUUCGUCCUCUGGUCCAAGAACAUUGCGUUCCCGGAGCUGGCGCUGCCGAUGCUCGUGAUGCUCAAGCGCUGGAUGAAGGAUGCCAGCAACAAGACGAAGGGCAACAAGAACACCAAGGUCAACCAUGCCAUUGGCAUCGUCGUCCAGAAGCUCGAGGCCAACUCGCGCUGGAUCGAGGAGCGCCGGGCCAAGGUCGACUUUGCGCCGAACAACCGGGCGGGGGUGGAAGGCUUCCUGAAGGAAACGGAAUGGGAAAAGACGCCUCUCGGGGCAUAUGUCGUCGGCCAGCGCAAGACGCGCGAGGAGAAGGCGAGGUUGAUCGAGGAGGGCCGCAAGGAGGAGGAGAAGAAGAAGCAGGAGGACAGGCAGGAGAAGGCGAAGGAGAGGAGGGGUGAAUUCGAGGGGUUUGAGGAGGGGGAUGGAGAGGAGAGCGAGAGUGACGAGGAAGUCGAUGAGAUGGAAGUCGACGGCAGCGACGACGAGUAG